UGAUCCAAUCGGCCUCUGUCUCGUCGGCCUCCCCUCCCCUCCCCUCUCCCCCCAAAACCCCACCUCGCCGGAAACCCUAGAGAAACCCACGAGAUGGCCUCCGGCGAGGGCAAGCCGAACCCCGGCGGCGGCGGCGGCGUGGUGGCCAAGGGGAGGAAGCGGAAGUACCUCCCCCACGGGAAGCCGGUGAGGAAGGGGGCGUACCCGCUGCGCCCCGGGGUGCAGGGCUUCUUCCUCACCUGCGACGGCGGCCGCGAGCGCCAGGCCACCCGCGAGGCCCUCUCCCUGCUCGACUCCUUCUAUGAAGAUCUGGUGGAUGGGAAAGGAUCAGAUGGGAAGCCCAAAAGCAUCCCUGAUAAACCAUUGAACAAAAAAAUUACGUUUGCGGAUUCCGAUUCUUCGGAUGAUGAGGAAGAAGAUCAUUCAGGGGAGGUGACUGAUGACACAAACAAUGCAGACAAAGGUGAAACCACACCUUCUGAGCAGCAGAAAGAGGUGUCUGACACCCCUGUAGUUCCCAGCAAGGACAAUGAGGAACAAACAGAUAAUGCUGAUGAAUCAAAACUAAAGAAGCAGCGCGUACAAGAUCCUCCGAUAUCUGAACAGACAGAACCAAAAGAGCCUACUGAUAAGCCAACAGAGUCCACUGAUAAACCAAAAGGGUCCAAUGAUAAACCCAUUGAUGAUUUGAUUGAUGAGGAUUUGAAGGAGCUUGGGGAUAGGAAAAAGAGGCUCUUCGCAACCCUUGAUUCAGGCUGCAACGGUUGCAUCUUCAUUCAAAUGCACAAAAGAGAUGGAGACCCUGGUCCAGUUGAGAUCGUACAGAAUAUGAUGUCAUCAGCUGCUUCAACUCGUAAACAUAUGUCCAGAUUUAUUCUGAGGUUUUUGCCCACUGAGGUGACAUGUUAUGCAUCAGAAGAGGAAAUAACAAAAGCAAUUAGUCCACUUGUUGAAAAGUACUUUCCAAAGGAAUCUUCUUCGGUAUAUAAGUUUGCUGUGUUAUAUGAAGCAAGGUCGAACACAGGUAUUGAUAGGAUGAAAAUUAUCAACGCGGUAGCAAAAUCUGUACCUCAACCUCACAAGGUUGAUCUCAGCAGUCCAGACAGGACUAUUAUUGUCCAGAUAGCUAAGAUUUUCGGAGAGAAUCAACAGGGAGUGUGUUUUGGUAGGUGUAUAGCGUGGGGUGCUUGAGAAAGGAGCCAGAGGAGAGGACGCAAACAAGAAGCAAACCUGAAGGCGUGGAUGAAGUUUUGAGUCAAGAGCAUAAUGUUUAAUGUAAUGAACAUAAUGUUUACUGCAAUGGGAUUUCAAUUGUCUGAACAUAAUCUUUCUAGCUAUCAGUCUCAGUCCGGAAGUGUGCAAGAACAGCAGCAUAUGCAUAGAGAAAGUGGAUAAAUUCUGGUACCAAGACCAACAUCCAUUAUAUACCACUUCUGUUCAUGGACCACAGCCACUCAGCAAGAACCAAUUUAUCUACCCCCAAAAAUUAGCUUCAAAGGAACCAGUAGCUUGUGCAAGUUUGAAAAUCAAGUGUGGCAUUACUAUCAGCAUGGCAUGAUAUGGAUAGUGUAAAGACAUGAAAAUGGAACAGUUAAACAAGAGAUGUUAUUUGGUGUUA